UCGCAGCAGCAGCGCCAGUUCGAAAAACCUUCGUGGAACCGUUCCGCCGCGACGUUUUUUUUUCCUUCCCUCGGUUGAGGGAGUGUGUUGUGCGCGCAGGAGGAACGGGCGGCGGCGGCGGGGGAGUUGCCAUCGCACACAGCCAGGCCUCUUUGCUUCAGACCGCGAGAAAAAGACCCGCCGAAGCAGCAGCAAAGUUGUGUGUGCGAGCUUCUGUGGCAUCGUUUGACGGACAUUUUUGCAUUGAGAGUGCGGAUUUUGGGGCGGAUUUGCUCCGGUCAGGGUGGACCGAUUUGCAGUUGGGCGGUGCCCGGUGAAAGCGGUGAAUUUUGCGAAUUUUGUGCGCUUGGAAGGGUGAAAAUCGGUCGCGGGACGGCGCCGGAAAAGUGCCACGAAAAAACGGUCCAACGCGGAGUGCGCGAGUUUGCGGAUCGCCAUUUUGAACAUCUUUUCGGUUUCCGAGUGCGGUUCUUGGUCGGCGGGUUUGGCCGGCAUUUGGGGGGAAAUUCCUGCGGUUAAACGGUCCCCACGGUGGACGGUGUUCCGGUCAAGUGUUUGCCCUCGUUUAGAGUUCGCUAGCCUCGGGGAAGUGUUUCCGGUCCGGGUCUAAAUUUUCCCCGGUCGUGACGGCGCGCGGGUGGCCAACUCGAGAAAGAAGAAAAAUCUCGCGCGACGACGAGUGUGUCCGCCCCGUCUCUCGGAGGGAAGGACCAAGAAUGGCCCACCACCAGAACAAACCGGUCAGCAUCGUGAUACAGGAUCCGAAUGGUCAGCAGCAAAUUCUACAGGUAAUGCAAACGGCGUCGACCACCGGCCGGCCGUUGACUUCGGCCAGCGUCAAAACGAUCGUGAAGGAAGUGACCGGCCAGGAAACGAGUGCAAUUAUAGCAGGACAGAAUUUUGCCACCCCUGUGAUGCAGAAGCUCGCGCCCGGACAGAAAAUUAUCACAAUGAAUAAUCCCAAGCUGCAGAUAUUGAACUCGCCCGCAGCCAAGAGUGCCAGUGGGAAACCCCUGGUCCGAAUCUCGCCCUCACAGUUGAGCCAGUUUAAGCUGGUGUCCAACACCGGCGGCCACUUCACGGGCUCCACGAUUUCCGGCCGAAAUCUAACCGCCAUGCUGGCACCGUCCACAUCGGUGUCCCCGUCAACGUCCACGUCGAGCCUUCAAAUGGCCGGCAUGGCGACAUCAUCACCGGCCUCGACGUCCUCUUCAACGUCCUCGCCGGCGACCUUCGUCAGCAACAGCACAAACAUGAUGACCUCCGCCCCCAGUCCGACGAUUGUCAUGCCCCAACUCCCGCCACCUGCCUCUCCCGCCGCAGCCCACCACGUAAAAGGAUCUCAUCAUCAUCAGCAGCAACAGCAACACCAGCAGCAUCAUAGUAGUAAUCAUCAGCACCAGCCACAGUACAAUUACGGCAAAAAGGCCGCGGCCAGUGGCCAAAUUCACACGCCUGCCUCCCGCCGAAGGAAAACGGACAAAAUCGGCCGCGGGCUGAGGCACUUUUCGAUGAAGGUGUGCGAAAAGGUGAAGGAAAAGGGCACCACCACGUACAACGAAGUCGCGGACGAGCUGGUCGCGGAGGAAACCCAGAGCCACGCCGGUGCCGAUCCGGCCUCGUACGACCAGAAGAACAUCCGCCGGCGGGUGUACGACGCGCUCAACGUCCUGAUGGCGAUGAACAUCAUCUCGAAGGAGAAGAAGGAAAUCCGCUGGCACGGACUGCCCACGAGCAGCGUCGAGGAGUGCGACGACCUGGAGAAGGAGAACGAACGGGCCCGCGAACGGAUCGAAACGAAGCAGCAGCAGCUGCGCGAACUCAUCCUGCAGCACGUGGCGUUCAAGUCGCUGGUCGCGCGCAACCAGGAAAACGAGGACCGGGGCCUGGUGCCCAACUCCAACUCCGCCAUCCAGUUGCCAUUCAUCAUCGUCAACACGGAGAAGAAAACUCACAUCAACUGCAGCAUCUCGAACGACAAAUCGGAAUUCUCGUUCAAGUUCGACAACACGUUCGAAAUCCACGACGAUCUGGAAGUGCUCAAGCGGAUGGGGCUGCUGCUUGGUUUGGACAAGGGAGAGUGCACCAUCGAAGAUAGAAACAAGAUCAAAUCGAUGGUGCCCAAAUCGCUGGAAAAGUACAUUGAUGCAUACGGUCUCGGCGUGGAGAACGAAUCCGAGGACUGGGAGAUGGCGUCGUCGUUCAACGGGGGCCAGGACUACGACGACAGCGUGCAGGACAGCACGGAUCUGGUGUCCAGCUACCAGGACAACAUUAGCGAGCUCAACGACGAUGACCUGAUCUCCGAGGACGGCCAGGACGGUUAGAGCGGCAUGUCGCAAUCUGCAAUCGUGCGUGUGUGGUAAAAGGAUUUCGUUCGUACUUCUUUUAUUGGCCUUAGGUUGACGUCGUUGUGGGAUGGGAGAGUUGCACGCGCACGCACGCACGCACGAAAAGUUUGCUGGAAGUCGGAAGUAAGGUAGGUUUAAGCAACACAAAUUGAGAACUCUACGGCCGCAACGAGCUGUAGAGGUUGAAUUUUCAGUUUCAAUUACAAAACAAGAAGAAGGAAACCACAAAUGUUACUCUUAAGCAAAGAUCAUUAAAUGUUGCACGUGAAGUGCAACUCAAUACACUGAAAAAAAGAAAAGAAAAACACACAAAAACAAAUUCGUUAUGAAUAUCGUUAUAAGAGGAAUGCGAAACGUAGUAAAUGUGCAAAGUGCAAAACAAAUGGAAACAAUUUUCUCUAAUUGGUUCAUCUUGAACCUGCGCUUAACCGUGUCGAUUGGCCUGAAAGGAUCCGUAGCUGAUAACGAAAAUGCACCCAAAAGUACAGAAGUUACUUUUUACAACCGAAAAGCCGCAAAACAGAGAAAAGUCCAUCAACAAGAAGUUACUCACACAAAACAAAACCAUUUUUAUAUCAAACUUAACAAACAACACACUAAAUGUUAGAAAAAAAAAGAAAAGAUAACUGCAUCGAACACAUCCCAAUUUUUUAAGAGCAAACAUCUCAGGCUUAAGUUUCUGUCAACAAUCAAUCAAAAGUAGAGAGUUUUUUCGCAUUCGUCGCGCCCAUUAACCAUAUUUCAACACACACACACAACCUAAUACAAAACCCCAACAAUAGCCGUAGGAAGACAACAAAACAAGAAAAAAAUAACUAUUAAAAAUACCACAUCGUACGUGUCAUAUCGUGUUUAUUUCUUUUGCAGUGUAGAGAAAAGCGCUUUUCAAACCCAUAUAUUUUUUUAAUUUUCACCACUGAAUGUUUCUGUUGAAAAAAAAAUAUUGAACGCUACAAACAUUAAGAAUACUAAUAAAAAGACAAAUUGUUUUCCUGCUUCUCGUCAAAUGAGAUGAGAGGGGGAAACACCAUUGGCAAUAUUCUACCAACAAAACAAAAAAGAACGAAAUUGUACAUAUUCAUUGGGCUUAGAAUUGUAGCAGCAGAAAUUGGAACCCUUUAAAAAAACGAAACAGAAAAUAUGAGUGAAAAAUGCUUGCUGCAGUUGAGAAAAAAAAAGAAAAUGAGAAAUUACAAAACAAACAAGCAAACCCUUACACUGAGUAACUCAGACUAAUGUAGUUUUACUCGCACAUUAAUAGAAACAGAGAAAAAAAAAACAAACUUUUAUUUUCACCUUAACAAACAAAAAUAUAAUUUUUCUUUAAAAACCCCUGCAUCAAUAGAAAUCUAUAUAUUUAUUUAUAAGUGCGUUUUUGUUCUCGUUUUUUAAGUUUCUUUUAUUGUCAUGUUUUUUUAGUCUUUAUGUAUAUCGCUCGGUAGCGACGAAACAACAACCCCUAAUGAAAUGAAGUAAAACAGCAGGUUGACGACGGAAGAGAAACAGAAGCAGAAAUAAUAAAUAUUAUUUUUAUCGCAUAAGCAAAAUCUUUAUUCUUAGUUAUUAUUUUUUUCUUAGAAAUGUAAUUCUAAUACCGUAAACAUUUAUGAUGAAAUUCGACAUUAAAUGCAU